CUAAUGGACGCUGGACGGGACAGACCUGAGCUGGCCAGAAGCUACGAGGGCCCAUCGUGGUCUGACUUUGACCGAGGUUUUUGCACAGAGCAGAGUCUCUCCAUAUCGACAGCUUCCUCCGACGGGCUCCUGAAACCAAGCAAAGGCAUCGUUCUGGAGUAUUCCGAGCCCAAUCCUUCAGUCCCUCCAUCAUUAAACUUCUCCACGGGUCUCCUAUCUCCACUGGUGGCCCUCAGUAAAGCUCUUUCUCCAGGAAACGUGCUGAACGCUGCGCUGAAGAGCCCAGUAGAAGGUAAAUCCUCCACGCCCUACGAGAGAAUGCGCUUCCAGAAACCCGUCCUGGGGAACUCGCUGGACCUCUCCUGUGUGGAUCUGACCGCCUCGCACCCUUGCUGGGAGGUUUCUCUGGUGAAGGCCAUAGUGGAGAGCCCAAAGUCUUGUUUGGAGUCCACAUGGAGCCCCAUAAACCAGUCUGCAGCUCCUGAAGCCUCGAUUGUGUGGUCAGGAGGAGUUUCAGAGGAUCUGCAGAAGUCCUGGAAGGAGAUGAUCGGUCAGUCUGCGGGGAUGCCGGAGCUCAGGGGGGAACAGAGCACAUCUGAUUUGGCCAUUUGAUGGAUGUGCUGUUUUAUGUGUGCAUGUUUAAUGCAAUGACUUCAGUUUAAAGGGAUAGUUCACCCAAAAAUGAACAUUUCUCAUCAUUUACUCACUCAAGCGCCUUCUGUUGACCACAAAACAAGAUACUCUGAAGAAUGUUGGAAAAAAAGACAUUAGGAACAAAAGCAAAAACACUGGUAAACAUUGGGUGUAUUUUUUUUCCAGUAUAUCCUUCUAUAGUAUUCAAUACAAAACAAGAUAUUUUGAAGAAUGUAGAUUUAAAAACAGCCAUUGACAUAGGAAGAAAAAAAAACACUAUGGUGAUCAAUGGAUUUUUUUACCAGUAUAUCGUUUUGAGUUCAAUAUAAGAAACCUAAACAAGUGCAGGAGUAAAAAUUAAGGAAUUUAUAUUUAUGGGUGAACCGUCCCUUUUAAUAUGCUAAUUAAUUGCACUCAUGAAUUUGUAAAUGUAUGUUUAUUACAAGUGUAUUUACAUGCAAAUGUUUCUCAUUAAAGAAAAUAAAUCUUUUUAA